CUGCUUGUUUAUUGGCUGUGUCUGUGAUAACCUACCGAGUGUUCACAUUCAUCAUAAAUGCAGUCAUUCUCCGGUAUGUUACAUCUGAUGUCCUGGGCAUCAUCAAUGUCAGGCCGGCUCUACUCUACUCGACUGCCACCUUUGUCAGUGUGGAGGCUUUCCGUCGGGCGGCGCUGGGCGUGACAGAGAGCAGCAAGUGGCGCCAGGCCAUCAACUUGGUGUGGCUCAGCGUGCCCGUGUCAGCGGCGGUGUCGGCGGCGCUGGCCGGCCUCUGGCUGCACGCGCUCAGCCAGCCGGCGCCCGAGGUGACCUCAGAGUACCGUCUGGGCGUGUGGGUCACCGCGGCCAUGGUCGUACUGGAGACGGCCGCCCAGCCGCUGGUCAUCCUGGCGCAGGCCAUGCUCUUUGUCAAAUUGAAGGUGGUAGCCGACAUGGUCAGUCUGUGCAGUCGGGUGGCGCUCAAAGCCUGGCUGAUCGCCCUGUACCCGUCCCACGCCAUCUGGGCCUACUGUGUGGGCCACGCGGUCAGCUCCGCUCUCCUCGUGGUCAUCUAUUACGGCACCCUGCUCUGGCACGUCCGCUCACCGGAUAACUGUCUACCGGUGAAGUCGGCGAGCGAGCUGGGACCCAGACUGGUGCCGGGACAGCCGGCGCUGGACCGUGACCAGCUGGCCCUCACCUGGAGCUUCUUCAAACAAGGCCUUCUGAAGCAGUUGCUGACGGAGGGCGAGCGCUACCUGAUGACCGCCUUCCACCUGCUCGACUUCUCCGAGCAGGGCCUGUACGACGUGGUGGCCAACCUGGGCAGCCUGGCGGCCCGCUUCCUCUUUCAGCCAGUCGAGGAGAACGCCUACGUCUACUUCUCGCGCACAGUGGAACGGGGAAAGCCGGUGCCUGCCGCGGCGGGCCGGGUUCUGCACGACCUGCUGCGCGCCAUGAGCCUGCUCGGUCUGGUUGCCGUCACGUUCGGCUGGAGCUACUCCCACCUGCUGCUGCGGCUGUACGGAGGCGCCCUGCUGACCGCCGGUCCGGCCGUCAGUCUGCUGCGCGCCCAGUGCGCCUACGUGCUCCUACUGGCGGUGAACGGAGUGCUGGAGUGCUACACGUUCGCGGUGAUGCGCCAGGAACAGAUCAAUGGGUAUAACCGGAAGAUGGUGCUGCUAUCUGUGAUAUUCGUCAUCUCGACAGGGAUCUUUACUAGGCUAUUCGGCGGGGUUGGAUUUAUCCUCGCCAACUGCGUCAAUAUGCUGACCAGGAUAUACGUUUGUUACCGGUUCGUGGCCGGUCUGCCGCUGGAGCCGGCGGUGUCCGUGCCGCCGCUGCUCGGUCUCCGCCCGCCGCCCGCCGUGGCUGCCGCGCUGGUGACCGCCGGCCUGCUGGCAGCCGGCUCCGAGAGCUGGCUGUACCCCAGCUCCGCCGCCGCCCAUGUGGCUGUGGGCGCGCUCUGUGGGGCCGCCGUGGUGGCCGCGGCGGUGUACAGCGAGCCCCGCCUCCUCCAGGCGGUCAGGGAGCGGGUCGGGGAUAAACUGAAGCGCAGCUAGGGGGGAGUGCUACUCACAUGGUCACGCAGGGAAUAGGGGUUGUUUUGUUGUGAUAUUUAUGUGCAUUUUGGGUUGAAUAUACACCGUGCCUGUCAGUA